AUUCGGCCGACAACAUGGCGGAGCUUGUUGUGAAGACGAAGAAACGCUGAAGUUGGAACUGACAUUUCCCUCUCAAUAUGGGGGUGAUUGAGAGGACGAGGGGGGUAGAGCGAGACGAUGACGAAGAGAGUGUGUACAUGUACUCCUCCCGCCCCACCACUCCCGGGGACCGGAAGGGUCUGCUGGUCAGAUUCCAGCUGGUCAGUCGGACUCAGCCGUGUGUAGCCCACCACUACAUGUCCGUGAAUCUAAAUACCAAGCUCUCCGAACUCAGACGACCCGUCAACACGCACUUCAAAGCGCACUUCGACGGAGGUUUCAUUUUCCUGUGUAAGACCAAGGAGAUCAUCAAGGCCAGGGAGAGACAGCUGACGAUAUUCGAUAUCCUGCCAAAGCUGCCGAAUAUUUCCCUGAGUGACAGUGCCAUAAGGGGAGGCAGCAGGAAAAAAUUGCCUUCUGACAGCUUUUUAUAUCCGGGUGUGCAAUACAAGGAGCUGUCAUAUGACGAUGAUGGGACACGUCAUUUAGUGAUGUGUGCGUGUGUGGUCUUCCUGUUUGAGCGGAGUAAGGUCAGCCACUGGCCACCAGACAAACUGCAAGAGGAACUCAGUGCCGGAAUGCUGGAGGGUUUCAGCUUCAUUCCAAGUGACAUAAUGUCUUGGAAGGAAAAACUCGUCGAAAGUCGGGCUACAACUAUCCAUGGUUAUGCUGCAUGCAACCAAAAGAAGGAGCUGGAGACUGCAAUUCACCAACUACCAGAGUUCGCUUACGUGCAGAACAUAAGAGAUCAGAGAGGCGCAGUACCUCUCCACUACGCUGCAGAGAACGGGCACCUGGAGAUAUGCGAAAUUUUGGUAGCCGCCAUUGGUAGAGACCUUAUAUAUCAGCAGGAUGUGAACCAGAAAACACCCCUCCACUGUGCUCUUUACAGGCGAAAGAUGAAAACAAGUGUAUAUCUCCUCCAGUUAAACUCCGAUCUGGUACGUCCGGAUAUACACGGAAAUACCUGUAUAGAUUUAGUCCUCCAGCAGUCGAGCAAGGAUUUUGACUUCAUCAUUUCAAAACUUCAGAUAGACUGUGUCGACGACGUCCUUAAAUACCACCUCGCGAGAUUCGUCAUGAAGAAAGGGGAUAAAAAGCUGUCUAAGAAAUUAACUGAGAGAGUUGCACCUUGUGCUGAUGAUAAACUUGGAGAGGAUCUACUUCACAUUGCAGCUGACAUGGGUGACAAGGAGAUUGUGGAACAUUUGAUCUUAAAUACGUUUGAUUUGUCAAAAAGAGACAUAAAAGACUAUUUGCCGUUCCACAGAGCAUGUGCCAAAGGAAAUAAGGAAAUUGCAAGUUUGUUGUUCUAUCCAGAUAUGAAAGAUUCUGAUAUCUGCAAGGGUGUUACAUUAGCAGUGAAACAGAAGUGUUACGCAAUCUGUGCAGAAAUACGUGCGAAGAAGCCAUCUCUCGUCUUAGACGAAAGUUCCGUGUGUAUAAUUACGCAACACUUAGACACAAUACUCAGCAAAGUCAGCAAAGAGAGAAAGACCAGAGAUAAAGAACUAAAAGACUGGGAAAACAUCCUGAAGAACGUCAUUCCACUGUUGCAGAAGGAAGAAGGUGUAUUGGAAACAUAUGUUUUCGACUGUGCCCGACACAACCUACCAGAUGCCUUGAUACUGCUCAAGUCGUUGGGAGUAAGUUUCAAUGACAGAGAUUUCACGGGGAGAUCUCCAUUGCAUGAAGCAGCAGAGCGGGAUAGCUGUAAGGCAAUCAAUAUUCUUUUGAAGGGAAAAGCUAAUCCUAAUGCAGUCGACUGGAGAGGAGGUAGUCCACUUCACUAUGCAUGUGCAAAAGGACACUUACAGUCUGUCACACUGCUGAUGAGCUUAGGUAAAAAAAUUGAAGCAGAAAAUCAAAAUGCAAGUGGAAGAACCCCUCUGCUUGAGGCUGCCUAUUCCCGUAAAUUUGAAGUCGUACAGUACUUGCUUUCUAAUCAUAGCAAAAUUAUCAAUAUACGAGCUACGGACAGCUGCGGGCAGAGUAUACUUCAUUAUCUUGUUGGAAUACCGGACAAAAUGGUUGAUCUUGUCCUCGCGAAAUACUCGUCUGUCGAAAAGACAGACACAGGGAAAUGUUUCAAAAGAACACUCUGGACGGAUUCAGUAAAACACUCUGCUUGGUCUCGACACAUCACUGCGUCUCGCUUCCGAGCAAGCACAUUCUUUGAAAAAGUCGGAGAAAUGUAUUAUACGGAUUCAAAAACAGGAGAGCAGAUGAAAGGACCCUUCAAUAAUGGACUGAAUGUGGCGUCUUGGAAUUCACGGACAGAUGACGAAUCUAUUGAAAAUUUGAAACAUGGGAAGUCACCGAAGAAGGAGAUGAACGAGUGCACAAGAUGCAGAGAUUUCGUUGGCAAGCUGUCCACAUAUCGAGGGCCUCACAGAUGCACGUUGGCGGGGAUCCGACAGCAUGAAGGAGAGGGUGCGAUACGAAAGACUGUUCAGAGGGCUUUUAAGCAUCAUUUUGUCUUUCAGCAAGAAGUCCUCUCGCCCGUGUUUAACGCGGCAAAAACAGGAAAUGUUAUGUUGGUAAAGAAACUGUUGAAGUUUGACCCGGCAUAUAUGAACGAAAGAGAUAACUUCGGUAGGAGUUUAAUAGAACUUGCCAUCGAUCAAGGAUUUGUGAAACUUGUGCAAACUCUGUCAGAUCUGCAACCAUCACAGCCUAACCCGGGUCUUGUGUAUAGAGUCCUUAUGCAAAAGAAAAAGACAAAGAGCGACAAUACACGGAAGGCAUUACUGAGCUCUCUGAUUGCUAAAGGGCAUUUCGUCGACAAGAGGCUGGAGACAGGGAAAGUCACUCACGACGGAUGUACAAUUCGGAAAGGGAAAUUCUGCCAUAGACAAUGCUACUUAAAGGGUUAUACACCAUUAGAAGUCGUCGUAAGAAACAAUGAUGAAGAUUUAUUCAAGUUAGUUUUAGAUAAAUCUUCUGGAAAGCACAAAGCUAUUCCAUUAUUGCUGGCAGCUUACAAAGGACAUCACGCAAUGCUGGAGAUCAUCAAAAAGAAAACGUAUUCACAGAAGAAGGAUAAAAAUGAAGAAGACGACGAAGAUGACGAUGACAAGGAAGAGGAAGAAAUUGACGAACGCGUUUUGCUAGACAUUACAUGUCGAAGCCCACACAUCACGGUGGAUUUGAUAAAGGUCAUAAGUAAACUGUAUCCUGAAAUGUUGGAACAGAAUACCGAGGGAUUUCUGACAGAUCACCCGAGGCGCAGGCGAUACCUGCUGUUUGAUAUACCAAAGCAAUCGUUUCCAGAAUCAACUUCGCUUGGAAAACUUCUUUCGUUAGUGUAUGAUCGAAAAACGAGAAUAUUAUCUAAGUCUAAGAUAGAAGACAAUGCUUGCCAGCUGAUCGACGAGGGGAUUAAUCUGGGCAAAAUUUUUCACAACACUCAUUCCUCCCGUAGAAAAGACAACACAUUCACACAUGGAUGUUGCGAAUGUUUACUCACAGCUAUGGAGGGAAAGUUCUAUAAGGUAGCGGAACGCAUUUUACAAAAAUAUGCAUCAACACUUUGGAAGUGUGCUAUGGGCUCUAAGCCAUGUCAAUUUCAACAUUCUUUCAAGAAAAGGAUGUUUAAUCGGAAAACGAAGCACAUGCAUGAACCGCAAUACAUCGAUUAUAUGCUGAUGCUAGCAUGUUCCGAGGAAGCACCUAAGAAUAUCCUACAGCUCUUACUACAAAAUGGCUUCAAAGAAUUUGAUGCAGACACCGUCAUUUCACUGGACGAUAUGGACGAAAUGACGAGAUCCAACGUAGAAAAAAUUAAAGACCCCUUUAUCCAGAAGAUAGUUUACGUCACCCAAUUAAUGGCAAUACAGCGUAAAGGAAGGCCUGACGUUCACAAGUUGGUCCGAUUGAUCCCAAAAACGAUGAGCGUUCUCGAGCAUAUCGAUCACAAACUCUUUAAACAACCAAAAAGACUGGAUGAUAUCGGCCCUUUUAUCCAUAUGUGUUGUUGUCUUUCAAUGAAUGGUCGGUGUGGAUACGACAUUAGGAUGGUCAAUAAUAAACAACAAUACGUACCAGUGGACCUACCUGAGGGUCUCUCUCUUCUCCACAUGGUAUGUGCGCUGGAAAACGUCGAGCAUGUGAAAGACCUCAUCAAGUGUGGGACAGAUGUUGACAUAAACAUGGAGUCAACCGACGGCAUCAGGGCGGUUGAUGUCGCAUCUGCUUGUGGAAACUGGUCUGUGUUUAAAUUCCUCCUCGAUCAGGAAGCUAAAGUAAACAGUGACACCCUCCUUGCUUGCUGCGCCCAAGAAAGACACAAAGGAAUGCACUAUUGGAUUGACCGAUUGCAUGCGGUCCAUGGUAUGACUCCGGUCCUGGAGAAACAAAGGCUGAAGAUUGCAAAGGAGUUAUGUGGCAGGCACGACACGGUAAACCCUUUGUCGUAUAGUCAGGACACAGAUGAGUGUCCUCUUGGUGCAGCCCUUCACUCGAAGUUCUGGGGAGUGGCGGAGUACCUGUGUACAUUGACGGCUGGAGCCGCUGCCAUACCGAUGUUACAAGGCAUCAACAAAGACAGCAAAACGGAAUGGGCUUUAGAAGCGCCAAAGGACCUGAUAAGAAUGAUUGUGGAGGCUUCGGUGAAGCAUUCCGCUUCUCCGAUUUCAGGGAAAUCCUCUUCUCCGAUUGCAGGUCUAACACACGUGCUUCAAACCAUUACAAAACGAUCUGAUUUCAAGCUAGUGGAAAGUGUUGUUAAACAGCUUGAUGCUUUAAUGGCAGAUGAUGGGAAGUGGCUAGAAAUGUGCAGAGAGACAGACAAACACGACAUGACUAUUUUACACUAUCUAUCACAAAUCGGACAUGCACGUGCGAUAGAGACCAUUUUGAAGCGUUUACCGACAUACACAAACAGAAAGGACGUCAUUAACAAGUACGACAGAGCAGAAGCAUCCACUCUUUGGUAUGCUCUUGCAAACAAACACUGGUCUACAGCAACCCUUCUACUAACAUUCGGAGCAAACGGAGAUACCGUAAGGGCAAUACCUGACUUUGAACCCAAAAGGGCAUGUUCCUCUGAAAAACAGAAAAUACAGGAUAGAGAUUUCAAACUUAAAAGUGAAUCUCACAAGAAUGGAGUUCGUGCUUUUCCAAUUGUGAGAAAUGAUUCAGUUGAAGUUUCCUUGUGUUUUGUUCCGUCAAGCGUCUUCUAUACGGGCAAGAAAGAGGUUAUUCCUGAAACAACGAACAAACCAAUUCAAUCCAAUCAAAUCACUCAUAUCUUACCGGCAACUGAUCCGGAAAAAAAUGCUGUUAAAAGACUCAUUAGAAUCGCGCAGGCAGCGGACGCAGUAGGAUGUGACAUCAUACAUGCCGCGUGUGGUACAGGAAACACUGACCUUCUUCGGGAAAUCCUGAGGUUACAGCCAAAUGCUUUUAAUCAAAAGGAUGAUCAGGGUUACUAUCCAUUCGCUUAUGCAAUUAUUGGGGGAAACCAAGAAGUGAUAGAUUUGCUGAAAGAAAACAUGACAAGUGAAAUAGCUGUUAAUUCGUUAGAACCCUUAAUUUGGAAACUGGCGUCUUCAGAAAAAGGCAACAAGCUUCGCAGAGCAUUUUCACAACUUCUUGGACAUAUUUGUGUUAAUUCUGAAAUGUGUAAAGAGGAGGAAAAAGAUCGAAUGAGACUCAAGAAGAAACUUUUUCCUUUCCGCUGGGGUGAUUUUUCAGACUUAUGUUCAAUAGAAAAGCAGACAUUUGAAAAGUGUUUACGGGAAGAUGGCGCAGAAAAAGACAGCAUUGAUCAAGUGAUGAAAUACAUUGAUAUUUUACGCAAGAUGCUUCUUAGUAGACAUCCAUUGGAUUCGUUUCUCUAUCUAAACCCACAAAAAGACACCGACUUGUCCGACGAGUGUGCAAAAUUACUUCUUACGGUUUUACUCACCCACAUGAAGGACCUCGAUUCUGGAAGCAUAUUAUCUCUCGUGAUGAUACAGAAAUCUUGGAUCUUAAAAGAACUAAUGGAAAGCAACGUUGCAAGGGAUACCCUCAUGACAAUGAAGAAGCAAAUAUUGUGGAAAUAUUCCAUUGUUGAUUGCUUAUUCAUAUUUGCUAACCCCGAAGAUGAGCGGUUUUAUAGCGAAGGAGGUAGUCAACACAAACUUGACAAACACGUUAAAGAAAUGAUGAACCGAUACAGUUUGACCUUGUCGCCAGGUAUAGGAACGUUAGCGGUGCACAAGAACCUUUGGCUUUUUCUUGAGCAUGCCUUGUUUCAAACAUUUGAAAGCGAAGGAAGUCUCAGUGACGAAUGGCAUUCUAUUCUUGCGACCGGAGCAGAGCGUGGACAACUACCGUUCCUCAGGUCGAUACUGGACAAACUCCACAUACCACGAAUGACAGCCGAUCAGAGGUCUUGCUUUACUGCGUAUCUCUGCCUGGCCUGUAUGGCGGGGAAAACAGAUGUUGUCAAGUACUUACUGCGGCACAACGUACCGACCGUCGGUUCUAUGGAUGAAUACCCAAUACGUGAUAUUCUUGGAAAACACCACAAAAAGACAUGGAACAUUUUACAUUAUGUGUUUUACAGUAAAUCAGAAAGUACCCUUAAAGAAAUAUUGAGUGUUUUAAAAACCGAAAGGGAAUUUCUGAAAAAUCUGCAAGUCGACGAAUGCAUCAUGCAAAGUGGAAAGACAGGUCGUCCGGGAAUCGUAAAUCAGAUGGUUCAGUUCCUUUCAAUGACAAAAAAUGAAGUUGUUCGACAAAGAGAUUGGGACAAAAUGCUGCAGAAAGCAUCGAGCAAUGGACAUGAAGAUCUAUGCAUUUAUCUCAUUGAGAAACAGUCGGCAAACGCAAUUACGUCCGACAAUAGCAAUAUGUCACCGUUACAUUACUGUGGUUACUUCGGGAUGGAAAAAUUAGCAGCGAUUAUCGUAGAAAGGCAACCAUCUGCAUUGGAGAAAGUCGAUAGUAGAGGUCUGACUCCAAAAGACUAUGCAAACGCAAUGGGACAGCUACGAUUACUUAAGGGAUCCAAACAAACUCUGAAACAGCAAGCUGCUGAAUGUGACGGCUGGCUAAGAUGUCUUCUUCAAGGAAACGCCUUCAUUCAACAUAAUUCUACUGAAGUGAACAUUUCGCCGCACGUCUUUGCUCAGAAGAGAAAUCUCACUUUAAAAAAUCUACUACUGCGCUCUGACGACCAUGCGUCGGAAAACAUCAUCAGAUGGUCUUCUCACGAAUUCGUUCGUAUGGCAGUUGAAGAACCACAAAAGUGUGUCGAAUAUUUUAUCUUGGCAGCAUUUUACAAAUGCAAUAAAGCCCUGAAAGCUCUAUGUGACAUAUUGCAUACUUCGACUGACAAAACUCAUAACCUUCAAUCGCUGCUGCUGAGGGAUGGACACGUAAGGGAGACUUCUACAUCUCGAAAUGGGGAUCAAGACGAAAGUAGGAAGUUAACAUCUAAACGUGGAAAUGGUCUGACGCCACUGGGCUGGGCAAUAUGCUCACAAAACAUGGAAGGAGUUGACAUCCUAAUGGGAAAGGAGACAUGUCUAACAUGGAGAGACAAUUUUUCCCUGGAAAACAUACUUCACCUUGCAGUCAAAACAGAAAAUGUUUCAAUCGUAAAUCAUGUCAAUGACAAAACUGAAGGCAAACUGAUAUCCGAGGAGGACAGACAAAAGGUAACACCUUUAGCCGUUGCUGUUGCUCUAGGUCUUCAUCGGAUAUUAAGAGUUUUGACAAGAAACAAACUGAAAUCAAUAUCAUCGUCUCAUGAAAAGCAUGCAGGAAACCGUGUGGACUAUGGGUGUACCGAUUGCUUGUUAGACCAUUGCAUUGGUUGGUCUAAAAACUAUCUCAAUGGUGACUUUGAGAUGACUUCAUCAGAAGAAGAAGAGGCAAGGAUUAUAUUUCAGAAGAAGAACAACAGAGGCUACGUUUCGGAACGUUUACCAUUCAGAUCGGUUUUUAAAGUCCGUAAAAUACCUUUCUCUGUCCGACACUUGUGUGUGCUAAAUGCAGAUGAAGAGUCAUACCAACUACACAAAAUUCAUUGCAUAAGUGCAUUGGGUGGACCAAACAGCAAACUUGUAAAAUCAGCAUUAUUUUCUAUGGGAUACAAAGUAAAUGAGGAAAUGCUACAGUGGAUAACUCUGCGCUCACUUACAGAUCCAUUUGAGGCAGCGAAGAAAGCAGUUAGAGCUGGUUACAAGGGGUUGGCUGUCAAAUUUAUUCCGCAGUUAAACGAUGAACAAGCACUCGAUAUAUUUGAAACUGCAGCAGUUGAUGGGAAAGCAUACCUCGUUGAACAAUGCCAGGAGAGGUUUCUCUCUCUAAUCACAAAUACUGCAGUGAAAACUUCAAUCGUCGAGUCAUCGGUGGCAUUUGGACAAAUAGCUUUAGGUAUUCGCUUACUCAGAUUGAUACAGACAUCAGGAAACACAGAGCAGUUUGAUGCCUUUCGUGAUAUUAUUGAGGCUAUCCCACAGAAGAUUCGUUGGUUGAUGGAGGACCAGAUUCCUGGGAACGAUCAAUGGCUUACAGAUAUAGAACAGGGUGAUCGGUUGACACUUCCUGACCUAUGGCUUUCCAUGGACGAAACCGACCCACUACGGCAAUAUAUUGAAGAGAAGAUUAAGGUUGACAAUCUCCUUCCUGAAACUUUCAAGGGGAAGAAGUUUGUUCCGGAUAAAGAGAGCUUCCGAAGGUAUUCUUACUUCAAAGAAAAAGGAGACAUAUGGAUUCGGUGCUUCAUUGUUUCUAGUCAGAUUUUUGGUCACGUGUGUGAUGUGCUCAAUAUAGAUGAUCCAAAAGCAGCAACGGUCAACACCGUCAAAGUCGCUUGUCUACCACCUGGAUCUUCAGAUCACCCAAAGAUGAGCGUCGAGACGAACAGUGUACUGACUGACAGCAUUGCAGUUACUAUGCAUAACGAGAAACCGGUAUUGCAACAUGACCCCAGCAUGAUUCUCCGUUUUAAGGAGUCUUUACUGAAGGAUGUUGUACAGCUCGAAAUCAUACCAGCAAUGGAAGAAAAGAUAAUGAAUGAAUUUGGAAUGCCAAUAAGAAUCAGGGUAGAUUGGAACUCUAUUGAAACACGCAAAAGAACAACUGGAUCCGAAACCAUUAUGAAAGCACUGACCGGAGACAAUUUCCGAAACGAGCUUGGGGGUCUACAGGACGUACUGGCUGAUUGUACCGCUAUAAUAGACACCAUCAAAUAUUUAUUCAAUGACGAGACCGUACAGCUAGCACUUAAACCGGUGGCUGGGAUUAAAUAUAUAACAGUCACAUUCGUUGACAGUAUUUCUAGCAAUGACGGACAAAAGAAGUCGCGGAUCGCCACACCAGACAGCAACGUCUUGUGGAACUUUUCCAUGGACAGGUCAGCUUUGAAAUACGACAGGUCCACGUUCCCACUUUUUUUCCAUUUGAACAGAUACCGAACUGCAUGUUUGGCAUUCUGUGACAGUAUAUACAGAAUGUCACAUCGCAAUCCACUUGCUUUAGCUGAUGAUUCGGUAAAUUGGUUCGAAAUCCGGAAAAAGAGAUCGGUAACUCUUGAAGUAGAAUGGAGCUCGUUCCAAAGUACAGACGAGACAGCAUUCAUGGAUCUAGUCGGUCACGGGAUAGCAAGGGAGUUACAAGUGAUGGCUUCUGAAACCGAAGCAAUGUUGCGUCUGACGAUAAACUGUGACCGUGUCAUAGUUAAGAACUCUGCAUCUGCUCUUUACACCGGUAUCACUAUUGACACUCACGGGAAGACUAUCAGUGCCUCGGUUUAUGCUCACCAGACUGCAAAGAAAACUUGGGCAGUUGAAGAAGGCAGAACUGCAGCAAAACUUGGUGACUUAGAAGACAAACAACUAAGUAAUGGAAGCUGGCAGAAGAGUACACAUUCAAUGGUUGAAGACCACAUUGCAAAAACCAGAAAGGAAGUAGAAAAGCGAUUUGGUUUCAAUAUCGAAAUUCUUUUCGAUGAAAAAAGGAUAUUUGUCCCGUUACUUUUGAAGUGCAGAAGAGAAGCUGAGCAUCCACACAAUCUCAUACAGCGAUCAAUGAAGGAGUUUCUGGAAAACUUAAUCGUUGUAUAUGAUAAAGCCAUGUAUGAACUGUUAUCUGGCAUACAUGCAUCGUAUUCGAUUUUCAUGCAAGAACUCGACGUGCACUCUGGAAUAUGGAAGGACUACACAAGAAGAAACGGAAAGAACUCGAAACAAACAAAAGGACUAGUUCUACGGAAGUACGAAAUAUCUCGUAAACGUAACCGAAUUUUUUCAUACAAGAGCGUUGGCUUACCAAUAGAAGAUUACAUGUACGUUGACAACUUCAAAAUGCAGCAGGUGUCACAAGAUGAAAUUGAAGACCAAGCCGUUGUAUCAAAUUCUUACGAGUUUAUGUAUCCAACGAGCACGUUAAUAGACAGGAGUCAUACUGACAACGCCCAGCAUGUCCGUUUCGUAUCAUGCAACGGCAGGAUGUACGAAAUUGUCGACCAGAAUGCACUGAUGAGAGCACUCUACAAACUGACCACAAAAGCGGUAAUGGGUCACGAAGUACUAGAUAUCCUCGAUUUAUUUGGCUCUGAGCGGCUGUUCCUCAAGCUCUUUCCCACACUCGUCAAGGAUAUACAGACCAGCAGCAAAUCUACCACAAUACCGCUCAUAUAUGACUCGUUGUAUAGGAUCAACUGCUUAUAUGGAGUGCGUCACAUACGCAACAUUGUGGUCAAUUGGGAUGAACUGUUUGAUUCAAAUAUAACUUGCCCGGAUGACAGAGUAAGAAAAGUGCAAAGAAUCAUCGGAGCUCUAGAAGAUGCAAUGGAGAAAGCAUAUAGGAAGGAAUCAUUACCAUGCAAUAUGAUGGAAAGAAAUCACGAAGUGUCCAACAAGUCACUCAUGAAAAUAUCAAGCAUUCAUUUAACCAAAGUUCCCGAUGAUUUCAAACCAGACGCUUCAGUUCUUAGGAUAGUUCAACCAAAGGAGAAAGGCCAGCCCCAUUUACAUCUGAGAUCAGGCAACGAAUUAACAGUAGCAUAUCAGAAUUUCAAGAACAUUGCUUUGUUCCAUGACAUCCUCCUGACAGCUGUAGUUCAUGUUCUGGAAGUGGAAGUGAAAGCACAUAUUGAAAGGGGCAUUGCUAAAAAUCCAGAGAAAGACAAAUGGAGGAGGAAACAGUAUGAUGGACCCAAGCUAAUACGACCUAGCCUGUGCUACGUUGAAAGAGUUUUACCAAGAGUUUUGUCUUCUUUGAGUGAGAUUAUGAACACCACAGAAGGAAAGGAAUGUUUACUCUCACAUUUUUUUGAUUUCCAGUUUGCUAAGGCUGAAUCAAAUAGGACGACGGUAGAGCUGGAGGAGGGGUGGUUAAUAUGUUUUCUAUCACCGGAGGACAUGGGUGCUAACAUAGGACAACUUCUCAUGUCAGCUCUCUGUAUCAAAAGUAACGGAUCUCAUUCUCCUGUUCUGCAUUACAAAGGCCCUUGCUUGAACUUCGCAUCCAACGAAGAGAACACACUGAAGGUGAUGGCUACAAAUGGUCAUGGAAACUUACUUCGAACCAUGUGUGACCCACAAUCUUUCACAAUACAGUUGUGGACUAAAGACAAGGAGGAGUCCAAAUCUGUAAACCCAUAUCAGGUUGUGAUGGAUGAAAGUCAGCAAGCUAUCAAAAUAAACUGGAAAAGAGAUGAUGAACUUCCUUCUAAUCACAUGGGACAUGCACAGCUGAUGUACAGGGAUGUGCCAGUGGGGAGCCAAAUAAAUACAUACUUAUGUGACAAAGUUGGUGUGUUAACAGAAAAGUUGACAGAUGGAGGCGGACUUGAGAUCCAAAAGGGGGGAAAUGUACUUGUCAUAGUAGAACAUAAUCCCCAUUGUCAUGUCCAGAGCAGACACGAUAAAACAGCUACCAAUCAGAAAACUGAUGACAUUCAAAAUGGCAUUCAAUUUGUGACCAAAAAUUGCGUGGAUUUCCUGAUUAAGACGAGGAAGAGAACAUUUAGACAACCUCGUCAUCCAAUCAAAAUCAGAGUUUUAUCUGGAGAUCGGAAUGCCCAGUGUAUCAAGCUUCUGUGUUUAGAUAAAUCUAGACGUGUACGUCUCUGUGCACGAUGCAACAUAUGUGGCAGCAUGCUGAGGAUGGUAACACCAUCUGUUGUCAUUCCACCAGGAAAGGACCUGAUUGUCAACCAUUUGAUCAUGGCGGCCGCUAUGGUCCGCCACGGACGUCCGUUCAGAAAUGUCCGAUCUAGAAUCCGCCACGAGAGCGGCGAGGAAGGUGUAAAGUUGGACCUUUCGAAAGAUCCUGGUGAAAAUAUUAAAGAAAUACUGACUGUUGUAACAGUACAACUUCAUGUACAUAAGACUAAGAAGCUAGGCUAUCUGAAUGCUUUUGUUAAACUUCUGUACAAACUGGGAAAGCAGAAAAGCUUGGGAUAUUCAAAACAAGAUAUACUCUGCUGCUUAAGGGUGAGUUUGUUCCACGAGGCCAAGGAGGUGAGAGCGGCGACACUGAGGGUGCUGAGGUACUUCAUACAAGAUGGCGAAACACUGGAUCUCUUAUACAAACUACACAUUGAUUACCUCAUUGUCAGGUCGAUUGACAUGUGCCUGGACAAUGAGGUGGAGAGGAUCCACGCCAUCAAGUUGGUACGGAGGAUAGCACAGCUGGCUCCCCACAAACUCACCUGCUCCCUCAUCUACCCACUUGUCGCCAUUGGUAAUGAUGGGGCGAGUGAAAGAGACCGCAUGGUUCGAGUUUGUCUGUCCACUAUUUGUGAAAUAGCAUUCCUGAACCCAGAACUGGUUGCCAAAUGUGGUGGUGUUGGGAGUAUCCUGAGGGCGGCUCUCGACUGUCACCAAUACCCAAGGAUCAACGAAAGUCUUGUCUGCACAAUACUGCACCUUCUCAACCAUCCACGCACACGGCACCUCAUCAAGUUCAAUACCGAUUUAGAGCAAUUGUUAGCACCAUUCACAGACUGCCAUUACCGGUACAGUGGAGCGGAGACCUCGGAUCACUCCGGAGAGGAUAAAGAAAACCGAUUUUCUGCCAGCAAGAUGGCUAUAGUGUCCAUUAUGAGAUCUUGGCCAGGCAUAAUAAGAUUUUGUCGACCAGAUGGAAGUGGCCUUCAGUCCUUAGUAGGAAUAUUAUACCUGCCGUAUUAUGAGAUUAGGCAAGGAAUUGUUGAAAUUCUUUAUGAUUUAUUCCGUCUUCAAAUACCGGAGUGGACAGACAACUUCUCCACUGCCUUGCUCAGUGUUGAUCCUUCCAUGAUGCGAGACAGCUGGCGACUGACAGAUGGAUUCAUAUGUGAGGAGGGACGAUCAGUAUUACCACACAUGGCCAAAAUAAGACCUAACCUUGUAGAAAAUCAUUUAGCCCUCCUGUUGUCUGCAUGGAUUGGUGCUGGCAUCUUAGAUGCUCUGGUGGAGGUAGUUAUCAGCAGUGAAGAUCAGCUGUUUGUACGGACCACCAUUCUGCUCGGCCAACUGAUGCACAUGGCCAGCACCCUGUUACCUAACGAGUGUAGCCACCACAGCCACUGUCUUCCUACUCUCAUGGCCAUGGCCUCUGCUGCAAACAUUCCUCAGCAGCAACAGCAUCGAGCAUGUAAUGCUGUGUCUUACCUUGACCGGUUACAUUCCAUGAAGAAACGAGGUAUAGUGCCAUGUAGUUUGUACCUGGACCAUCUCAUAAAGAACAUGGGGGGCCGGAAAUCACCGUUCUCCAAACACUUCCACCAAAACAAGAAUAGGCUCAACUCCUACUAUAUCAACAAGCUGUCGUCAGAAGACAUGGUGAUGCAGACUAUAAAGGACUCACAGGUUCUGUAUACCAAAGACAACUUUACUUGGGACUGGGACCUGAUAGCCUCGAUCCUUAAGUGGCCACUUGAUAAACAGAAGAAGCUGGAUGAACAGAUGCUAUCCCGGUUUAUGAAGCGAUUGAUAUACUUUUUCAAGCCCACCAACCAUUUGUUUUCUCGUCUGGAAGUUGGACACAAGUUGGCUACUAAGAUUGCUCAUGCAGGUUGUCUACUGAUGGAGUUUUUAAUGGAGUGUGGGCAGGAGGAUGUUAAGAAACACUUUGUAGACUUGAUCAAUGACAUAGGGCAGUGUUUGUCAGAGGUUGGGAGCCAGCACCUUGCUGCAGAGGCUGUUCUCAGUCCUAGUAAUACCAUCAACACAUGUAGCCAAUUUUACUUCCUGUUCCUAGGAAAGAUCUCGGUCACCGCCAAAGGUGACAAACUCCUGGAGAAAUGUGGCAUCUAUCAAUAUUUGUUGGACAUUGUGAGUGUGGCACCCCAAGACAGCUUUGUGAAGCUGACGGUAUCUUGUCUAAGCUACAGUCAGGAGGGCAACUGUAGGGCGAUACUGACCAAGGCUCUCUGCGCUUCUACAGAGAGUGCUCGUAUGUACUGUACAAAGUUCCUGCGGGUGUUACUGCGCGUGAGGGUUCCUGGCUUCAGUACAUGGGGAAUGGAACUCCUGACCACACAGUUAUAUGACCAGAGUCGAAACAUCUCUCUUGCUGCUCUCGGGGUCAUGGAGGAGGCCUGUGAGAUUGAUACAUGCCUGAAUUCGUUAAUCAAGUUGCGACCCUCGUGUCUACAUCUGGGAGAGAAGGGUCGCUUAGUCACCUGUAGGUUCAUGUCAACAUCACGCGGAUUCCGUAAUCUGAUGGAUGCCAACUAUGUAUCUAAUGAACUGGAGAUUUGGGAAAAGACGUUUAACAUCAAGUAUGUGAGCAUUGUAGACGAACUGUUAAAUGAAGCUCUCACAACCUAUGAAAAGACGUAUGAAGGAUCCUUUUCACGGAGGUCAAGUAGAAAACGUCCCAGCAAAGAUGCAUUCCUGCCAGUUCAUUUGUAUGGUCAGCUCACACAGACCAAAGAAGGCUUUCAGCUGUUACGACAACAGGAAUGUAUAGAAGAAUAUUUCCAAUGUAUCCGCUGCCAAGAGUUGAUGACAGAUGAAGAUAAUACAAAACUGAAGACUGCCCUUUGGGCUGUGGGCCACAUUGGAAGUUCUACAUGGGGUGUUAACUGGCUAGACGAGGAACGCCUGUUUUCUGAAGUCAUACGGCUAGCUGAGGAGUGCGGAGUGUUCUCUAUCAGAGGGACAGCCUUCUACGUGCUGGGAUUGCUGGCCAGUACACGGGAGGGGGCGGAACUCCUUACUCAACUUGGCUGGGAGUCGUGUUGGCACUCGCGUGGUGAACUAUGGCCAGUGGUUGAGGAUCGUGCAGAGAUGCUAACAGACUUGGACGAUGCAUCAGAAAGUGUGUUAAGCUUUGGCAGCACGUCCAGAUCUGAGUUAGAAUACCGCACGAGUAUACACUCCCCCGGCAUAGCCUCCAACAGUCUGUUCUUUAUUGCAGAAGAGGAAAAGUCUUUGUUCAGUGACGGAGAUAAACUGCCUUGUGAUAACAACCGUAACAUAGACACCACGAACAUUCCAGACAACCCUCAGGCGGCCAUUAUCCGCAGUAAAACACUUCCAUUUGAGUCUCCCACCUACAGAAGGUAUAACAGCCUGCCUUUACAACCUAAAUCUGUCAAAAGUUUCUCCAGAAGCAGUAAACAGCGAGAUCGAACAUUUAGUGAUGAUUCUGAUAAAAGGGUGGGCCAAAAUGUUGCUCUUUCACCAGUGUCGCCUUCAGAAUUCCUACCUUUGACUGAGGAGUUUGCCUCCCAAAACCAGAGCACCUCAAUUUCCCCCAAGGGAAAUAACUCUGAGGAGUCCACUGUUAUACCUGUGAUAUGUUUGCCUGAUGAAUCCUCAGAGCCUGAACCUGUGACAACAGAAAAGGAGGAAAGUGUUAAGGACAAAGAGGUCACAGACUCAAAAGUCAUUUUACGACAAGAAACAUUUGACAAAUGUAAAGUGGCAAAGCGUUCACCUAUAUUCCGAGAUGGCAGGAGCAGUAGUAGUGAAAGUUCUCGGUCAAGUAAAAACCGUGCAGAUAGCUUCAAUACAGACUCCACAACCAGUGGUGUUAGUUCAUGUGAGUCAGGACCCAACACCUAUAUCUCCUCCGAGGGUGUGUCACUCAGUCCAAUAGCUAGCUCUACCUCCCUCAACACUGUUGGAGUCAAGUCUCAGCAGGGCUCCUCCCUCGAAACCAAAGACCUCAUCCACCCGUCCACUGUGAGGAGAAAGUCUAUGAAUCUUAACCGUGUUCCUAGCUUAAGAAAGUUGCAGAGUAACCCAGCAUAUGGAAUUCUGUCAUCAUCACGGAUGGAAGGACUGACAUCUGAGAAUGCCAUAAUGUACACUUCUAGUAGAGAUGCAUAUGGUUAUGCCACAUGGCGGUCAAUCAAGCGUCAGCGUACAGUCAGCUCUGACCUUGACUCUGACCUUGGCAUCAGUAACCUGUAUGACGAGGAGGGCACAACAGGCACUCUUAGUCGGAAGUCAAGUGUGGAUUCUAAAUUAAGUCUUGACCUUUUUGGCGGGACAGCCAGUAGACUGAGUUUGGGAAUGACGAGAAAUGCUAGCGGAGUAUCCCUGUGCGAGAUGGAUGGGCGCCCAUCCAGCCCUAUGGGUGCCAUGCCAAAAGCGUCAUUACAGAAGCGUCGACCACACACAGGAGAGUCGGAAUUUGUAGGACUUACCUUACCUGUUGAUAUCAACAUGAUGUUUGAGGUACGCGAAGGGGAGGACAAACGUUCACAGUCGGGCGUAUUUGACCGGACAGAGGACAUUCAAACAAGUCGCAGCAGAAAGGUGUCAUCAUCUGGCAAGAGGUCUAGAACUACAUCGUCAUCAACUGCCAGGGGUGACGGAAUCAUCGGGUCUGAUCACAACAUGUCUGUCUGUGUGGCCUGUUACAGACUUCAAAUGAUAGGACAGACAGAUGGGCAGGGGGACAAAGAAGAUGGUAUACCUGAUGCAGACUUUGAGUCGGACGGCCAAGGUAGUGUUACUGUGAUCGAGCGUGAGGACGACCCAGGCAGUUUACUGGAGGCGGUCAAACAACAGAAAGGUGACCGACGGACUCGCCUCGACAGUCUCAACGAGCUGUCGUCUGCCACUCCUGGAAGCAUGACCAGCUAUACUAGUACUGACUCUCCAACCAAGAAGAUGUCAUUUGAUAGCAUUCAUGGCCGUGCUCUCAUCAGACAAGAGGUCCGAAAACUGGUCACCAACCUCAGCAGCUCUGUAGGAGUCAAGGGGUCAGAACAGGGACUUUUGGGGUUGAAGCAGAAGUUUCCCAAAGUUUUCCAAGAUAUUUGUUUUUACUCUGAGGUAAGCCACAUCAUGACUGUCUGUUCCUUCCGACUGACUGCACGAAGAUUUAUACAGGAGCUCUUUGACGAGUUUGACAUUUCCAAGCUACUGGAAGAAGCCAGGUGCAUUCUGGGUGUUGUCGUGGAAACAGAGAGCACAGGACCAGUAACCAACAAACAAGACACCCUGGACAGUGUGUGGGAAAACAUAUUCUGAAAUGUCUUAAAAACAAAUGAAGACAACCCUGGAUUGUGGAAAUAAUGCCUAGAAAUGUCUUUCGUAAGACACAUCAGAGAGUAUGGGAAAACAUAUUCUGAAAUGUCUUAAAAACAAAUGAAGACAACCCUGGAUUGUGGAAAUCAUGCCUAGAAACGUCUAACGUAGGACAAACCAGACAGUAUCGGAAAACAUAUUCUGAAAUGUCUUCCAGAAAGAAAACAAAACGGCCUGCAAACAAGAUACUCUAUGUAAAGUGUAGGAAAGCUUUAAGGGAAAAAUGGUUGUCCUAUAUUAUGUGAAAGUCUGGUAAAUGUUUGUCUUACAGUUCAGACUUAUUGGAUAGCACCACUUAGUGGAAAACAUUUCCAAAAUGUCAAACACAUGAACAUCUCUGGCAUGUGAUUAAGCACGCCUGGUACUCGACACCCAGAGAAUAGACACGACAGUGGGUACCAUGGUGUGUGAAAAUAUUAGAGAAGAUGAAUUUAAGAGUGGAAGGAAUCUUUUGAAGUUUCUAAUUCAAGUAAAUGUUGUAUUUCAAGAUUAUGUCUAAAACCACUGUAAUAUUCAAGUAAAGUGCUUUGUGUUAAGGUGUUAUUUGAGAUUAAGGUGUAUUAAUGAACAUGUUAUCUUUGUAAAGCCCUGAGGCAAAUACUGGUACAGGCACCACUCAGCCGUGUUUUAGCCUCAGAAAAUGACGGUUACUGUAUAUUUAUGUAGAUUUAAUACAAGAUGGACAAAAUACAACCAUCAAAGGUUUUGGAGUGAUAUCUAGUAAUUAUGAUCAAUACCCAGUUACUAUCAGUUGUGUAGUAAUUUACUGCAACAAAUCCAGGAUAUGGCUUUAACCAUGCAAUGAUGCACUGUUCCAAAAGACUAAGAUGAACUAGUAUUGACCAUAAAACAGGAACUAGAUUAUAUUUCUCAUGCCUGUACUACACGAAAGUUCUAAUACUCCUUCAGCACAGCAUAGAGUUAACCUGCCAUGGACCUCCAAAUUCCCUUAUACACAAUUACAAGUAAUACUUUAAUUGCUUUGAUUUACUAUUGUUCCUAUACAAAAGUCAAUUUAUUACGUAUUAAGUUUUUACAGACGGAAGUAAAUUAUUGUGCUGGAUGUUUCUUAAAUAAGACGUACCAGUAAUGCACAGGAAAGAAAAUCUUAAAAAUCAAGUAUUUCAUGAAAUAUCAUAGGUUAGAGAAACAAGAAAUGAAGUUUAAUUAUGUGUUUUUUUCUCAUGAUAGUGUUCAAGGGUGUAGAUUUCAAUUAACCUUGUGUCAGGAACAGUUUACUAUGAAAAUAAAUAGGUUAGGCUGGUAGAACUUUUCUAAUUCUACCUUCUUUACUCUUAAAUAUGAAAUGUACAUCCCUGGUGUUCACAUUCUAGAUAUGCUGUUAAAUAAUGCUUUACUGAAAUUUGUGUAUAUAUGUCAGAAUAUAUUAAUGUUCGAGUAUAUUCACUUGAAUCAAUCAUGAAAUUAUUACCGCCAUUCAAAUGUCCUCGAUCACCGUCCUGUACGAGUGACAAAAAUGUAUUUUACAGGUAAGCACGAAGUAUUGUUCACCUAGAUUCUCUGUGUCCAUCCAGUUAUAUAGGAAAUACUACUGACACAAUAUAUAGGGCUGCUAUGUUUUACACUUGUUGCUAAAGGAUGUGUCGUCGUGCAACUUAGUUGUAAACGGAAUACAUCCAUCUAUCCCCAUCCCACCGAAUGGUAACGUCUUCUAAAGUGCAAUAUUCAAUAUUUCCUGACGCUUAGACAAUGCAUUAUAUGCAUAAAUGAAUGAUCUUGUGUAUUUUUUAUAAAUGAUUAUAAAGGAAUGUUUUUGUAAUUAAACUUAAGUACCAUAAGGUUGAGUGAAAUUGAUCAAGUAUGUGUGAUAAAUGAAUAUGACAUGUGAACACUAAUCAUGUAGGAUGACUAUACACCAACAUUACCAUAAACAUACACAUGCAUACAUGUAGUACUGUAUUACAUCCAUGUAGUACUGUAUAACAUCCAUGUAGUUCUGUAUUACAUACAUGUAGUACUGUAUUACAUCCAUUUAGUAGUGUAUUACACCCAUGUAGUACUGAAUUACAUACAUGUAGUAUUGUGUUACAUCCAUGUAGUACUGUAUUACAUACAUGUAGUACUGUAUUACAUACAUGUAGUACUGUAUUACAUCCAUGCAGUACUGUAUUACAUCCAUGUAGUACUGUAUUACAUCCAUGAAGUACUGUAUUGCAUCCAUGUAUUACUGUAUUACAUACAUGCAGUACUGUAUUACAUACAUGCAGUACUGUAUUACAUCCAUUGUACAUGUAUGUGUGCUGUGUAUUGAACACAAAAGUGCUAGUCACGUUAUUUCAUGAUCUGACCCGGCAUCCUUGUAGUAUAUCUAGCUUAAGCUCUAGUCAAAAACUCAUUCAUCCCUGAAGACACAUUUCAGCUCUCCAAAUUCACAGGUUGGAAUAGUCCAAUCAAGGUUAACAAGUUAAUAUUUGGUGUAAGCAGUCUGCCAAAAUUUGUAUAUGGUAAAUUAGAAGCAGAUCUAGAGCUAGUGAUGUGAUCAGUAUGCUAAUUUGUUAUACUCUAAAUUAGGAGCAGAGGUCACUGUGUAACUCUUUUGAUACUUCAGUAGGUAUUUUCAGAAUGUUUUGUCACUAAAAAGUGUCUAUGUUAGCAAGUUUCCACUAUAUGAACAUGUGGAAUUGAUUAGUCUUUGAUGAUAUAAGUCCUUCUUCCCUAUUGGUCAGUAGGUUGUAGUUGGUAAGCAGGAAAGUUACCUACUUAACCCUUUCAUCACUGUAGACCAUAAUGGACUCAUCCAGAUCAAUGCAUGGUAGAGUCUACUAAAAUAAUUAUAUAGGUGUGAAAGGGUUAAAUGACACAUCAAUGAUCCUAAUUCAGGAAAAAUUUAAUCACCUAGGAAGAAGGCUAGAAUUUCCAAACACAAAUGAUGGCCGUGUUCACCUUCUGUUGUGUUCUUAUUGGUGAUAGUGCUAGAAUUUUUAAUAUGGUACAGUUUAGUAUUUGUUUGGCUGGAAGCUGAAAUAUUCUACCAAAAUCAAAGAUUUUUUUCCACAAUAUACAGAUUUUGAUAGAGGAAUAACUUGAAUUUUGACAUCAUGUUAACCCAAACACUUUGUGUAGAAAACUAAUGUGAUCUGUAUAAACGUGCUUGUGUUAAAAAUCAAUUUCCUUAGGCUUUAUAAUCUUAUCUUAACUGACAAUGUUUAUUAAUUGUACUAAAUACUGAUCUUUUGGAAAUUUUCUAAAGAAAGUGGUGUGUUCAGAGCUUCCAAUGUUAAAUCAUGAUCCUGUGCUAUUUCAUCGUGCUCGAUAUCUAUUAAAAAGUGCCAUAGUCCGGUAUGGAUUUGUACUUAAUGUGUUAUGUUGUAAAUGUGAUGAUUUGUUUAAUAGUCUCAGAGAAACUGUGUAUUGAUGAAGAAUAUCAACAAGAACAUGACCAAAACUACAUGUAAGACAUGGACAAAACAAAGAGGUGACGAAAUCGUUAUCUCCGUAUUCAACCAUGUUUCUCAACUCUCAAAGUCUGUAUAUGUUUUGUAAUAUAUGGUACCUGCUAUAUCUGUAGGUGUAUGUUGUCAGGAAAAGGUCCUAUUGUAAUAGGUUGAUGUAGUCCUAGUGCUUAGUUGAUACUUGUGGAGUCGGAACACAGUAUGGCCAGUAUUGAAGAAUGAAAUGUAAUUAAAUGUACGUUUCUUUUAUAUGUUAAAAUGUAAUAGAUGUGAAUUCAAUGCUCUUGUUUGUAAUUAAAUAUAAAUUAUAUGUUUUGUUUCCUCUCGGUGUGUACAUAUUUUAAAGAGUAUAACUGUAUGUGUAAUUCUCGGAGUAUACACAUUUUACAGAGUAUAUCUGUAUGUUUGUAAUCUUGGUGAAAGGAUUUGUAUGUUUGCUUUUUAUGUGCUCCAGUCCAAAUAUUUUGCAAUUCCUGCAGCCUAUAUGUGUUAAUGCUAUAAUAAGCAGAGAUUGUAUGUGAUAGCACUUGCAUGAUGGAUCAAACCAUUUUAUUUAUACUGUUAAGUUUGUCAGACACCGACUGUUAUGUUGUCGGCACACUGUUGUGUAAUAUUCACAAUACAGAGAAAUGAGAGUCAAGGAAUAAAGAUAAAAUGAAAAUA